GUGUAUAGAAAUGGGGAGAUGAACAAGCAAUUAGUGGCAAAGGUACUUGGGGCUACCAUUUCCGACAGACAGGUCCUUACGUAUCAUAAAUUACUGCACCAAAAGGGAUCAAAAUGGAAGAGUCCUACAGAAUGGAGCAACGGACAUCUUGAUGCUGGAUUCUAUGACCAUGCGCAUGAGUUUAUGGCAGUGUCCGGUCAUGAAACGGAAACAAGGAAUGUGGCAUCUGAGGAGCUGUGUCAAGAAGGCAUCGCCAUCAAUGAGCCAGCAGUGAUGCAAGAGAAGAGCAGAGAUGGAGCUGCAGAAUCAAAAGAGAAAACCACUGAAAACGUUGACACGAAGGAGCAAGGUAACGCACCCGACGGGUCGGACGAGUGUAAGCAAGAUGAAAGUUCCAAACUCCUCAUCCAGGCCCAAACAUAGACCAUUGGGGAGGCAUUAGUCAGGACAUGGAAGCAAAAGCGAUGUCAAGAUCCAUGGCUUUAUCUCUUUGUUGGUUUUCAUUCGUUUCCAGGAUAUUUUCAUCAUUCUUCUGUAAAACCAGACCAUACAAACAGUUUACUAGUCUAAACCGAAGCAAAUUUCAACUUUUUAUCUGUGAAUAAGUCUUUCAUUGCCAGAAAUGUAUUCCAAGCAAUUUCUAUUCUUUUUAUUUCUGCUUCGCAUCUGGCAUCAUCUGUGAUAUUUUGUCCCAAGUAGAUGUAAUUAUAAUGACCUGCUCAAUGAUAUGUCCAUCAAGUCCAUGCAAUUUCUUAGUUUACUGUAAUAUACCUAUCAUAUUAGAUUUAUAUUGUCAUAUUGACAUUUUCACACAUUAAUUUAAAUUGCCUAAGGUUGAUAUUUUGAAAGUUGUUGUGAUCGUGUUGUACAGAUUCUUAAAAUUAAGAAAUAAAAAAUAUAUAAUGAGAAAUGCCAUGGUAUAUUGCUUAACCCAUUCUAGCCUGGGCUAUUUUGAAACUGCAUAGCCCGGCCGACCGCCGCAAAAACUUGCAUGCAUGUCAAGUG